AGAGAGAGAGAGAGAGAGAGAGAGGUGGCAUGCAGCCAAUGGAGAGGACAGGGAAAAGUUGUGGAAUAGCCAGAGGGGCAGAAAGAGGAGUCAGCUUCACUGGGGCUCUGCUGGGGAGAAACAAAAGCGGCGGCUUUUCCUCCCGUCCCUCUGUGUCUCUGCGUAGUGGUCUCUCUCUCCCUCUCUCUCUGUCUGUCUCCCCCCUCUCCCUCUCUAAUUGUCUCUCCUCCUGGCUGGCACUGCAAUGUUGCUGUCUCUGCAGUGAAAGUGCUCGCUGGCAGAUUCUCCUUGAGUGAACCCUGGCUGUGCGCAGUGAGCGUUCUGCCGCCUCGCCGUCGUCCUGUCCACGCUGCCUCUGCCUCUGAGCGAGCACCGGCUGCAGAGCAAGAGUGCGGCAGGGGCUGGCAACAAGGCUCACGACACCAAGGACCACUAGGUGCAACACUGGGAUGUGCCUCAUUUAGGAGCCAGACAGCAGCUUCCAAAUUUCAAGAUCCAGCGCAACCAGAGAGGCUACGUUCUGCUCAGGGUUAUUCUGCAGGCUGUGCUGAGCCUGGGCCGGAUCUUGCAGCAGUACUUGUUUUGGAGCAGAUCUGGCUGCCAUGGCGGCGCCGGGUGUUGGGGUUGAACCCCCGAGGCCGGGCCCUUCACGCACAGCCGUCGGCCUGAUCUUCUCUGUACUGCUUGGCACCUGGUCUGCUCAGGCCCUUGAGAUGUUGGUCGGGAAGAUCCCCUUCCUCGAAGCGGUGAAUGGCAGCACAGUCAUGUUGCCUUGCACAUACGCGAGCUGUAUCGGCAUCGAGAACCUCUACUUCAACUGGCAGUUCAAUGAAAACGGCACCAUGCAGAAGGUGUGCGAUUCAACGAUCGUGUCAGAGAGCGAUGUGCCACAUGUGACCAUUUACCGAGAACGGGUGGAGUUUAUAGGCAAAAACCGCGCCAACAACAUCUCCAUCUUGCUGUGGAACAUCACCUUCGAGGACGGAGGCGAGUACACUUGUUUUGGACGCAACCCGAAAGAGAAGGGCAAGAAUCACAGUGCCAUCUUCCACCUCAUCGUGGUGGACGAGUUGCGGGUGGUGGACAAAACGCUGACCAUCAUCAUCGCCACCUGUGUCGGCGGAGCCAUCGCAGCGUUGAUGGGCUUCAUGUUGCUGAAGAACUUAACCCUCUUUAUUCUUUCCAAACUCGAGGAGAAAAAUAAGGAGUGCCUUGUAACGUCAUCAGGGAUCGACAACACAGAAAAUGGCCUCUCAGGAUCCAAAGCUGACACAAAACCAACACCAAAAAAGAAAUGAGGAGGUGCAUGUAUAUACAAACCACAGCAGUGCUCAUAUCGUCUUUGCAUAUACAUAUGCACAUGUCUUUGAACACGUGAAAUUUCAUUUUUGUGGGAAUCUUAAAAACUCUGCCUGGCUGUGGCAAUAUGUCCGUGUGCACACAAGUCUACCAUAUGUGCACGGAGCAGUAAGUGUGCAGAUUAUAUCAAACUGAUCCUGCACCUACAGGAAACAGCCCACCUUGACCACCACCUCACCUCUACCUCUUUUGCCCACUUUGGUCAGCACAUUGCUGGAAAAAAAUCAAUAUUCGUGUGUAUGUGUGUGUUUUACAGAGUGAGCAGAAAGGAGCCAGUAACUUGGUCUGAUAUCAGUUGACAAAAAUUAAGACAAAUAAAGCAACCCUGCACUUUUACUGUUUUACUUUUUAAUGAAAUGUGUCCAGCUGGCACACAGAGCAUAAACUUGAUGAAAAACAUUACUCGCAAGUCAAUCGCUGCUUUGACUGCAAGACUAACAAUUCAUCAUAGACAGUGGAAACAAAACACACUGGUCUGACAUAGAAGAAAGUGCAAACUUACAGUAAUACAGUAGGAUGGAAGAUGACCGCUUUUCAACAACCUACACCUAUAACAGCAGAUUUGUUGAUUUACUAAUGGAUGUGUCGUCGUUCUUAUUAUUACCGUCCAUAAAAUCAUCAUCUGAUACAUUCUUGCCAAGCAGUUGUAUCCAAACGGUUGUACGAAUGUCCUUCACCAUAGUUGUCUUUGAUUUUGUGUUUGUGCUUUGACCAUUUGAUACUUAUUCAAGAGCACGAAGGAAACCACAUUUUUGGGACUGGCAGGGGUCGUGUGUGUUUAUACUGGUUGUGCAGUAAGUUUAAGCUUAGUAAGUAAGCCCUAUGUUUCUGGUAGAUGGUUUAUUUUUGAACUCAUUUGAUUAAAACCAAAUUAUGUGCACAUUUUAUUAACUCUUGGGGAUGUUUUAUAUAAUUUGCACACUUAUGUGGGUAAAAAAGUUGCGUGUCAUUGCACUGUUGUGCACUGUUUAACUUGUUCCCCAAACAUAUCAAAUUGUGUGUUGCCACAGCCAGAGUACAUUGAAUUAAAAAAAUAUAUAAUAAUCUUUGAAUGUGUCUCACCUGAGGUCGAAACAAAGUUACAUUUCUUAAAGUGCUUGAAUUAGGGGAACAAAGCGAUAGGCUGAAUCCUGAUUAAAUAAACAGCAAAUUCGCAAUAGGGGCUGCACGGUGGUGUAGUGGUUAGCACCUUCGCCUCACAGCAAG